UCACGAACCAAACUAAUCAUUCACCACAUUACUACGCUCAGGAACUCCUUCUCCUCUCUCCGUCUCCUCAUUCCUUUAUUUAAACCCGCUUCCCCCACUCACCUACCCAAACGCGCCACUAACUCAAAUGGACGCAACAAUCCCCAAUGGUAAGGACGCUUUUUGCGUCACUGCCGCCAAUGCCGCGGGGGACCCGCUCAACUGGGCCGCCGCGGCCCACGCGCUCUCGGGAACCCAUCUCGACGAGGUCAAGCGCAUGGUCGCCGACUACCGCAAGCCCGCCGUGCGCCUCGGCGGCGAGACGCUCACCGUCGCUCAGGUCGCGGCCAUUGCGGCGCACGAUCAGGGUCUCAAGGUCGAGCUGGCGGAGGCCGCCAGGGCCGGCGUCAAGGCCAGCAGUGACUGGGUCAUGGACAGCAUGGACAAGGGCACCGACAGUUACGGUGUCACCACCGGCUUCGGUGCCACCUCCCACCGCCGUACCAAACAAGGUGGCGCCUUGCAGAAGGAGCUUAUCAGGUUUUUGAAUGCUGGGAUAUUUGGAAACGGUACAGAGUCAAAUUGCACCCUACCCCACACUGCAACCAGAGCAGCCAUGCUUGUGAGAGUGAACACUCUUCUCCAAGGUUACUCCGGAAUCAGAUUUGAAAUUUUGGAGGCCAUCACCAAGCUGUUGAACAACAACGUUACUCCAUGUUUGCCACUCAGGGGAACAAUAACAGCAUCUGGUGAUCUCGUACCUUUGUCGUACAUUGCCGGUUUGUUAACUGGCAGACCAAACUCCAAGGCUGUGGGUCCCUCUGGGGAGAUUCUGAAUGCUAAGGAAGCCUUUGAAUUGGCCAACAUCGGUUCCGAGUUCUUUGAGUUGCAACCUAAGGAAGGGCUUGCCCUUGUGAAUGGUACAGCUGUUGGCUCUGGCUUGGCCUCCAUUGUUCUCUUCGAAGCAAACAUUCUCGCUGUCUUGUCCGAAGUUAUCUCAGCAGUGUUUGCUGAAGUGAUGCAAGGAAAGCCCGAGUUCACUGAUCAUUUGACUCACAAGCUGAAGCACCACCCUGGCCAGAUUGAAGCUGCAGCUAUCAUGGAACACAUUUUGGAUGGAAGCUCUUACAUCAAAGCUGCGAAGAAGAUGCACGAGGUUGAUCCUUUGCAGAAACCCAAACAAGAUCGCUAUGCCCUUAGAACUUCACCCCAAUGGCUUGGUCCUCAGAUUGAAGUGAUCAGGUUCUCUACCAAGUCCAUUGAGAGGGAGAUAAACUCGGUCAACGACAACCCUUUGAUUGAUGUGUCAAGGAACAAGGCCUUGCAUGGUGGUAACUUCCAAGGAACUCCCAUUGGAGUCUCCAUGGAUAACACCCGUUUGGCUCUUGCUUCCAUUGGCAAACUCAUGUUCGCUCAAUUCUCUGAGCUUGUCAAUGACUAUUACAACAAUGGAUUGCCUUCGAAUCUCACUGCCAGCAGAAACCCCAGCUUGGAUUACGGUUUCAAGGGAGCUGAAAUUGCCAUGGCUUCUUACUGCUCCGAACUCCAGUAUUUGGCUAACCCUGUGACCAGCCAUGUCCAAAGCGCGGAGCAACACAACCAAGAUGUGAACUCUUUGGGGUUGAUUUCGUCUAGGAAAACCAACGAGGCUGUUGAGAUCCUGAAGCUGAUGUCUUCAACUUUCCUCGUUGCGCUUUGCCAGGCCAUUGACUUGAGGCAUUUGGAGGAGAAUUUGAAGAACACUGUGAAGAAUGUGGUGAGCCAAGUUGCCAAGAGGACUCUCACCACAGGUGUCAAUGGAGAACUUCACCCUUCCAGAUUUUGUGAGAAAGACUUGUUGAAAGUUGUUGAUAGAGAGUACACGUAUGCCUACAUUGACGACCCCUGCAGUGGCACGUACCCUUUGAUGCAGAAACUGAGGCAAGUGCUUGUGGAGUAUGCAUUGGCCAAUGGAGAGAAUGAGAAGAACUUGAACACAUCGAUCUUCCAAAAGAUUGCAUCUUUUGAGGAGGAGUUGAAGACCCUCUUGCCUAAGGAAGUGGAAGGUGCAAGACUUGCGUAUGAGAAUGACCAGUGUGCAAUUCCCAACAAGAUCAAGGAAUGUAGGUCUUACCCGUUGUACAAGUUUGUGAGAGAGGAGUUAGGGACAUCGUUGCUGACUGGUGAAAAGGUUAUCUCACCCGGUGAAGAGUGUGACAAGGUGUUCACUGCCAUGUGCCAAGGGAAAAUCAUUGAUCCUCUUUUGGAAUGCCUUGGAGAGUGGAAUGGUGCUCCUCUUCCAAUUUCUUAGUUAAUCAUUUUCUGUAUCUUGAUGAAGAGUGGUUUCUUUCUAUAUACGUAUUUGUGUUGAUAAGAAUUUGGUUUGUCUGUAAGCCUGUGGCAAAUCAAUCCACAUACAACUUUCAGGCUUCCUUGAUGCCAAGGAACUUGUAAUUCAUAUUGUAAUAGAAUUCCAUUUGUUUGCCAUAGCUUUGAGUGCAAAUAUUAAUACGUGGCCUUUCAUGUGAAGGAUGUUUUCUCUUGGAUAA